CUGCAGUUAGGGACGAGUCCUGCUCCACACAAAGAAACAACUGAAGCAUCACACCCAUAUUGUAAAAAGACUAUAAAUCUCCAGCAAAACUAGCAGCAUCUCCUGUGUCUGAAUCUGCAGCAACCAUGACGGCUAACGGGACCAGCGAAAUGCUCCAGAUCCAAUUUGGACUCAUCAAUUGUGGGAAUAAAUACCUUACCGCUGAAACAUUUGGGUUUAAGAUCAAUGCCUCUGCCACCAGCAUGAAGAAAAAACAGAUCUGGACCCUGGAGCAGGACGGGGAUGACUCCAAUGUAGUUUUCCUGAAAAGUCACCUGGGCAGGUAUAUUGCAACUGAUAAGGAUGGAAACAUCACAGGUGACAGCGAGACCCCCGGCGUGGAUUGCAGGUUCAUUAUCAUAGCUCAUGACGAUGGGCGCUGGUCCCUUCAGUCUGAGCCUCACAAGCGCUAUCUUGGCGGUACUGAAGACAGAAUCACGUGUUUUGCCCAAACCAUCUCGGUGGCAGAAAAAUGGAGCGUCCACAUUGCUAUGCACCCGCAAGUCAACAUCUUCAGCCUCACCAGGAAAAGAUAUGCCCACCUAAGCUCGAAGCAAGACGAGAUUGCCAUUGACAGGGAUGUCCCUUGGGGUGUCGACUCCUUAAUCACUUUGGUUUUUCAAGAUCAGAGGUACCACCUUCAGACAUCAGACAACCGGUUCCUCAAAAAUGAUGGCGCACUGGCCGCAAAGCCCGACAAAACCACCGGCUACACCUUGGAAUUCAGGUCAGGAAAGGUGGCGUUCAGGGACUGUGCAGGAAAAUACCUGGCUCCAUCUGGUCCGAGUGGAACCAUGAAGUCUGGCAAGAGUUCCAAGGUUGGAAAAGACGAGCUUUUUGUUUUGGAGCAGAGCCAUCCUCAAGUGGUGCUUACGGCUGGAAACGACAGAAACGUGUCCACUAGACAAGGCAUGGACCUCUCUGCUAACCAGGAUGAGGAGGGUGACCAGGAGACCUUUCAGAUGGAGAUCAGCAAGGACACAAAGAAGUGUGCUUUCAAGACCUGUGCUGGAAAAUACUGGACCCUCACUGCCAAUGGAGGACUGCAGUGUACUGCCUCCAGCAAGUCUGCCAACUGUUACUUUGACAUUGAGUGGCGUGAGAAGAAAAUCACCCUGAAAGCUGCCAAUGGGAAGUAUGUGGCAGCCAAAAAGAAUGGGCAGCUGGCAGCCACUAUUGAAACAGCGGGUGAGAGCGAGGAGUUCCUGAUGAAGCUCAUCAACAGGCCCAUCAUCGUCCUACGCGGGGAGCACGGCUUCAUCGGCUGCAGGAAGAUGACGGGAACACUGGACUCCAACCGCUCAUCCUAUGACGUCUUUCAGCUGGACUUCCACGACGGAGCCUACAGCCUCAGAGAUUCCACUGGGAAGUACUGGAUGGUUGGAAGCGAGUCUGCAGUGGUCAGCAGCAGUGACACCCCGGUGGACUUCCUGCUGGAGUUUUGCGACUACAACAAGGUGGCCAUCAAGUCCUCCGAGGGCAAGUACCUGAGGGGAGACCACGCCGGCGUCUUGAAGGCCAAUGCAGAUGCCAUCGAAAGCUCCACUAUGUGGGAGUACUAGAAGCACUUUAACUACCAUUAUGGCAUUUAAUUUUCUCCAUUUUGUUUUUGUUUCAUUUUUUUUCUCAAUUUGCAUGCACGUGGGGUUGAAAUGGUUGAGAAGGUUGCCAUGGAUUGCUGACGCUGGCUUGGCUCUCAAUACUCCUCUGUACCCAGUUGCUGGUAUCAGAAGUAUAAUAAUGAAAGGUAUCCACCAAACCCUUGGGGAAAGGGGUCAGUGUUAUGCCAGGGUUUUGAGGUUGCAGUCUCCCCUUACAUUUUGUAUUUGUCUUUGGCAUUACAUUACUUGCAUUUUUUUGCCAUUAAACUACUUCCAUUCAUUUUUCUGCUUUCUUGGCCAAAGGUCAAUGCAAACAAUUGUGCCAUUUGUAAUAUAUUUUUGUUUUUAAUUGGCAUUGUCCUCUAAAGCACAUAAUGUGGAUCAGACUGUACUCUACACAUAUCUGUUGUUUGUAAAAACUUUGGCUGAUUUGCAUUAACUCCUGGUGAAAACAGUACACAUAUAUUCCUAGAAGCGUUUGCAAUGGAGAGUGAAUAUUUAUUCCCUUUUCCGAUGUACAUCAGUCGUUUUGAGCCACUUCAUGAAGCCUGACCACUAACGUUCCAUUCUUGCUGAGCAUUCUGUCUCAGCUCUGGGACAUCCAGUCUCAGCCCCCUCCUAAAAUCCAUGCCCCUCUGUGUCUGUGUGUUCAGUUGGGUUGCCUUUUUGGCCUUAAUCUAAAGCUACAGUAAAUAGCAUCUGAUCACUCCAGCAUGUCUAGUAUAGUAUGACUAUUUGUUCUAAUAAAAGAAAUCAUUAAAAUGACUGUCAGCAGAAUAUUCUCUUAGACUGUCAGCCUAGCCUGUGCUCUGUAUUUAAAUUGUAAAAGCAGGUGUGCAUUUACACUAUUUAACAGCUCCAACGUGCUGUUGGGAUGCUGGAUUUUACUUUGCCGUGUUCAGAAAAAGUCGACCCUUACACAGCCUCAGUUGUCACUUUGCGCAAAGGUGCAGUGAAGCAUUUUUAAUGAGGAAGGGCCAACUUGUAUAAUAAUGACUGGAUCCUCUUUGUGUGCCAUUAAGAGUUUCUUCCAUCUUGUCAGAUGGAGAAAAUCAAAACUGGAAAUUCAUUUCGGUGUUCUGGGCUUUAAGUGGAAUGUGUACAGUCACUCAUCUCUAUAGAGCUGGUAACAGCCUAAGAGCUAGGUCAAAGGCUUUGAUAUUACCAAUGUGAAAUACAUUGCGGUCCGUCCCUGCAACUGACCAGUGAUUUCAGUGCCCCAAUAUGUGCCGUGUAGCUGUAGGUUUAUAUAAAUUGCAGAUCUGAAGUGAUGUUGCAGGUUCAACACGUUUGUGGACUUAAAUGAAUGACUCCCUCUGACCCUUAUAGCUCUCUGGUGGAAUUGUCUGUGCUCCACUGCAGCUAUGAUAAAAGACUUCAGUAAUAAAGUAACAGAGAUGCACAGGCCUUUAACUGAAAUUACUGCAGAGCACUUCAUUUUCUAGAGGCACAGGCAUUAUCAUGAAAUGGUUUGUGGGAGGGAGAGGGAGAGGGAGCUUGCCCCACCUAUUUGCGAGGAGGCCUGGCCGACACUGCCACACACCGUCUUUCAGGAGAAAGCCUGUUAUUAGUGAGUUGAAUGCUGUCUGUUUUGAGACUGAUGCCUCUGCUUCAGUCAGUAUGAUGUUUACAGGUAAAAAAGGUCAAAUGAGUGGGGACAAAGAAGCUUGGGUCUUAUUUACAGCUAUUUUGUAAUCAUUAGCAAACAAUUCAGUGCAUAACUUUGCAGACUGGGAGAUGGCUGCCGAAUGGAGGGCAAUUGUGGCUAAAAACCCUUGGAAAGGUGUUUGCAUUUUGCUGCUGUAUUCUGUACUUCAGACGGUAAAAAUGGCAUUAAUCCAUGGUGCUAAAUAAACCACUCUUUGGCAUACACAAGGAGCCAUUUAAAAACAAACUGGAAACCGGUGCUAAACGUCUCUCCAAAUGCACAAAAUUGCUUACAACUGGAAUUCAAUAGUGAUUUUUCUGUCCGAAAAGUAAGGAAUGCAGAAUGCGUAGCGGUGCACAUCCGUUUUACAGUGCAAUGAUUUGAGUUGGAAAUGCAGCUCUAGUCUGAAACCGCAGAGCCUACAUUCAUCAAGGGGAAUCGUGCCGUAACAACAAGCUCUCCAUGAAAGCAAUCACUCCUUUGGAACUUGCACAUGCCUUAUUUGAUGCUUUUCAUUAGUGCAACUGCUCUGUAGAUUGGAAAGUGAUUAUGGAAACACUUCAGAAAAGGGAAUGAUAAUGGUUGUGCCUUGCUCAAAGUAUAUAGGCCUAAGUUGCAGUAGUUUUUUGUUUUGCUUUUUUUUUGCCCAAAACAUUCCACUUGUGAAAGUGAAGCUUUUUCUUUUUAUUUUGAUAAUCUUGGUUAUUGUUUUUC